AUGUCAGUGGCCUACUCGGAUCCCACAGGCAAAGGACUGCACAGCGGUCACAAGAGUAACGCGGAUUGUCACCCCACUGCGCCUGGCGGCGGGCAAUCCCGAACCCUUGUCACCCGAGACAAGGCCAGACGGCCUGCCCAUCUUCUCAAUGCCCCGCCUUCCCCCUUACUCUCGCCGCCGAAUACACAGCUCCCCCGCCUUCCCUGCCCCGUCUGUGUGUGUGAGGAGCGGAUUGGCUGUCGGACCGACCGCUCAACACUCCUGCCAAUCACGGUCGGCCCCGCCUCUUUUCCCAGCACAGGAAACACCCCUGCAGAUCGCGGCCAGCCCGGGGUGGCCGCCGCCUCCCAUUGGUCCGACGUGUUGUCCGUUCUUUGUAGCCCCGCCUCCCCGGACGGGGCGCAGCAAAGCCCGCCUCUCCUCCCUGAUCCGCCCGCUGAUUGGCUCGCCGGCGAAAGACCGCCGUUUCCUAUUGGCUCUGCCACUGCCACUCCGGCACGCGGCCCGGUCGGCUUGCCGCUGCCCCCCUCGCCCCGCGCGCCCCGCCCGCCGCGGCCCCGCCCUCCACGGAGUCACGUGAUGUUUUCGCCGCGGUGCCGCCGCCGCCGCCCGUGAGUGCGAGUGGCCGGAGCGACCGGGGGAAGCGCG